UUACAGUAUUAGUUGUUGUAUUGCAUUAUCGUUGCCAAUGUCUACCUUAACUAUCAGCUUGAAUCGAAUGUGUUUUUAACUUCCGUCCUUUUAGAAUAUAACACUUCAUUAUUUUGACUUCGUUUCCUGCAUUAUUUUGUUGUCUAUAUUAAUUUUACCACCUUUUUCUCGUUCAAAACUGAGGUGUCAUUAUCGUACUAUAUUGUAUGAUAUUGUUGUAUUCAAGACUCGAUUCUUUUAAAUCGUUGGAAUAUCCAUCUUAUAAAAUCUACUACUUCGCUGUUUAGCUUUACUGGUUUAUGCUUUCCUAAAGUAGACAGACCACAUGGCACUCGUAAAUAAAGUUCGACCGAGUCAUUCUGAUCGAAAUGCUAAACGUCCAGAAAAGCUACAAAGAGUUGGGUCUCUUGUAGAACUGUUUGAUUUCUUCGUAUUAGAUAAAGGAACGGUUAUUGAUACUGUGUCUGUUAACACCUUUUUGUAUACCUACCGUUUAUUUGCUGACAUGGAACUGGUUUUGGAAGUUGUAAAUAAAAAAUUUUGGAAUGUAUGUCAUUCAAGCAUCGUACCAACCUCUUGGAAAGUUGGGAUUAUUUCAUCCUUCCAGUAUUUUCUUGGUGCAUGGUUACAGCAGCCUCAUAUAAAGGAUUUCGAUUCCCCACAAAAAAUUAUGCAUCUCAAAUGGUUAGUACGGAUUCUCGCUGGGUGGUUUGAUGUUUUUCAACCUUCUUGCAGUCAAAACAGUCAUACUUAUAUCUUAAAAGAAUUUAUGAAAUGCUGUGGAAAUAAUAAUACGUCCACUAAAAAACAAGGUGUGACGCGAAUUAUUUUGUGUGACAUUAAUCCAGAGGUUUGGGACCGACUCACUACGGAUAUGGAGUUUUUAUGCCGGCAAGCCGUAAAUUGUCUGAAAAUGAUAGCCUGUAAAUAUCAAGUAGACCUAAAUCCGGAAAAGCAAUCGCCACCACUACGUAUAAUCACUGUAAAUCAAGUCAGUCGUCACUAUUCACCUCACGACCCUUCAAUAUAUAAAUCAGAAAAGCAUUUGAAAGAAAUGAUUAAAAUUGCACCUUCUAUUAACCCCUUAAUUAAUUUAUGGAAUUUAAAUGUAAAUACGGUAGCUGAACAACUUACAGUUGCUGAUCAGAGAUUAUUUCUUGACAUGGAAUUAAAUGAUUGCCUGAUAUAUGCUAGAGGUAAACCUGCUCCAUCCGUGCAAGCUACAAUCGAUCAAUAUAAUAAAUUAUAUCAUCUCGUUCAAAGUUCGGUGUUCAAUUCUGAUCACGAUUAUCCAAUAUUGGUGGAACCUACACCGAUUUAUUCAAGACGUUUUAAUAAACCAGUUAAUUAUAACAGUCCAAAGACAAAGAUCAGUCCACAGAUAAUAACGAUAUGGUCUAAGAAUUCACCUCAUCAUAAUUCUUUGACAUCAAAUGUAGGAAAAUUAAAAACUGGAUGUAUUAUAACAUGGAUUAAUAUUGCUUAUCGGCUAGGACAAACAAGAAAUUAUUCAGCAUUAAAAGCCAUUAUUAUGGCUUUACAAUCUACUCCAGUACUCCGAUUAUGGCAUAGUUGGAAUGUUUUGGAAUAUCAUUAUCACGAGCAUUUUAUCAAGUUCAAAUAUUUGGCUUCCAUAGUGAGCUUUGAUAAUAAUCAAGAACAAUUGAGAAAACGAUUGAAUAAGUGUGCGAACAAAAUGUAUUGGUACUUAAAACUCAACAAUCUAAAUCCAUUAUGUGGAGACAUAAACACACCUGGUGAUAUUUCACAAUUUGAAAAUUCAGAUGAAGAGUAUAGCAGAGAGACUAAACAUUCAAUUUUGCCACAUCAAUCAUCUUAUUUAAAUGGUGUCAUACCGUAUCUAGGUGUAUUUCUUAGUGAUUUAACUUUAUUGCAUCAUUCAUCACCGGAUUAUGUCAGUCGACCAAAAUAUUCACCAUCAAAUGAGAAUAAACAAGAAUUCAAUAAUAUUAAUCGGAAAAGCCCUAUCCCUUCUAUUCAUAUUAAUAAUAAUAAUAUUAAUUCAUCAGUCAUCAGUUCAUCAAUUGACACAAAUGAUUUUUCCAAACAACCGGCUAAAAAUUAUCAUGAUAAAACAAAUUUAUUGCAUAUAUCAGAUCAACUUAGUAAUUUAACCCGAAGUACACCGAAUUUGUCAGUAGCAGUAACACCAACAAUUCAAACAAAUGAUGAUAAUAAUAAUAAUGACAAUAUGAAACAAUCUUUAAAAUUAUUAAAAAUCCCAUCAAAUACAACUGUUUCAUCUAUUAAACCAUCAAUUUCUGUUGAUCAUCAUGAUAAUAAUAUCCAAUCGAAUGGACCUGUCAAGACAACAAAAUUUGAUCUUUCUAGACGUCAUUCUACAGUUGAUAACAGUGAUAAUAAAUUAAUCAAUCUUGAUAAACAUCGUCGAGAGUUUAAAAUUCUAGCAAAUCUUUUUCUUCUUCAACAAAAUGCUCAAUUUUAUUCACUAAGACCGGAACCAGAUUUUACUACAUGGUUUCAUUCUUAUCCAUUAAUCUCUGAAAGUGAAGCACUCAGUCGUUCUUGUGAUCUAGAACCAGAUGAUGAACAAGCAGAACAACGUUUAAAUAGACCAUUUAGCGCAUCUCCAUAUAUAUUUGAUGCCAGUGAUUCAAACCUUGCAGUUGAUAUCAUAAGUAGUGAUAAACGGCGACAUCCACGUCAUAACAAUAAUAAUAAUAAUAAUAAUAAUAAUAUUCAUGUAGAAAGAUCCAAAUAUGCUAUAACUCGUCCACCUAGUGCUACACCUUCUGUUGGUGCUACUACUACAGUCAUGGUGAAUCCAACGCAAAAUAAUAAAUCACGAAUGAAUGCAGCCUAUUCAUCUAAUGAUUUACUUGGUGAUAUGAAAUACAACAUGUCAAUCACAUCUACUACAGGAAAUAGUUUGGACAUUUUAAAUCAACAAAGUAACCGUAAACCUAUUAUGAAAGUAUCACCUUCUAUAUGGACUACUACGCAUAAAACUCUAUCACCUACAUUCGAUACAAUGAAUGCUGAUACUAAUGAUAACAAUUUAUCCAUUACUGUUUCUCUUCAUCGUACAAAUAGUCAACUAGAUGGUCGUGUAUCACCAUUUAUCGCUAAAGUUGCUUAUUUAGGCGGUCUAUCGCAUGGAUCGCAUGGCUUUAAUGAUAAUCAACUUUCUAGUUCAAAACACACAAAAUUUUUAAUUGAAUUAUCAGUUUCUCCUACGGAUAGUGUUUCGGAUGUCCUAUCUAAAGCUCUUAAAAUGUUUGGUUGUACCAAUCAAAGGGUGGACAAUUAUGAUUUAAUUCAUGUUCGUAAAGAUACUCGAGAUAUAACUCUGUUAAAAAAUGCCAAUUUUUAUGAAUCGAUAAAUUAUACUUCCCUUCAUUUAUCAAAUAAUAAAGAACAUGAAUUAUUGGAAUUUAUUUGUACACCAACAAUUCAUAAUGAGAAUAAUAGUAAUAACAACAGUAACCAUAGUAACAGUUUGAUCAGUUCACUAUCACGAUCAUCAUCACAUAUUGAAACGAACAAUACCACAAGUUAUCAUGCUAAAAAAUUAAAUCCACAGCCUACUACUACUACUGCAUCGGAAUAUGCUAAACAAUGUCAAAUGAUAAAUAAAAGUUCAAAUAAACAUUGUACCGUUGAAUUAUGGUUAUAA